CAGCAGCAACAAUAUUACGUAGUAAAACACGCUUUAUCACAUUUUUACAUCUGUGGAAAUAAAACUGAAAUAAAUUAAUUUCUAAAGGCGAAACUGAUAACUAGUAGCGAUGGAAUGCAAGAGGAGUGAGACCUCCUCCUUUUGUAACUUGUCUCUGCCCUGCUUGUACUGUGUGCGCGACGGAUGGAAGCUAAUCACAGUUCGAAGGUCCUCUCCUGACUACGUUCGACAUUUUUAAUGGGAGGCAGGCAUGACCUCCCGUCGUCUAUAAACUCUCCACAAUGAAAGAGUGGUGGUUACAUGUCUUACUGAUCUGCGUCCCGCUGCUGGCCGUCUACCUGCACAUCCCGCCGCCUCAACUAUCACCUGCGCUUCAGAAGUGGCACAAUGCUGGCAGAUUGUUCACCUUCAGAGGCAGCGACAUCUUCUACUCAGACUCUCAUGGCGCUUUGGGGAGCUCUGACAUUGUCAUCCUUCUCCACGGCUUCCCCACCUCCAGCUAUGACUGGAACAAGAUUUGGGAGCCUCUCACUCAGCGCUUCAACCGGGUCAUAGCGCCAGACUUCUUGGGUUUUGGCUUCAGCGACAAGCCUCGACCACACAAGUACUCCAUCUUUGAGCAAGCUAGCAUGGUGGAAGCCCUGCUGGCUCACAUGGGUCUGGCCAAUCAGCGCGUCAACCUGGUUUCACAUGACUAUGGAGACACAGUGGCGCUUGAGCUGCUCUACAGGAGUGACCAGAACCGCACUGGUCACCUCACCAUCAACAGCCUGUGUCUCUCCAAUGGAGGCUUAUUUCCAGAAGCCCACCACCCUCGCCUGCUGCAGAUGCUCCUCAAAGACUCCAGUUUCCUGGCUCCAGUCCUGAUGCGUCUCACCAACUACAAGAUCUUCCAGAAGGGGAUCGGGGAGGUUUUUGGGCCGUACACGCAACCCACAGACGCCGAAUUCUGGGACAUGUGGACGGGUCUGCGAUACAAUGAUGGAAACCUGGUUUUGGACAGUGUUCUGCAGUACAUCAACCAGAGGUUAAAGCACAGAGAGAGAUGGGUUGGUGCCCUCACAUCCACCUUUGUACCCUUGCACAUGAUCUAUGGCCCCCUGGAUCCAGUCAACCCGCAUCCACGCUUCAUCCGUCUUUACCAAAGUAGAAACACACCAUCUAGAAAUACUCUCACUUCCAAAUACUACCGGUGCAAGAGAGGUAUUAAGUGUCCACCGUGGUUCCUGCAGGAAGCUGGUGCAGCGGUCAACAGUCAGCGUUUUAGACGAGCACAUCAGUCACUACCCCCAGCUGGAAGACCCCACUGGCUUCCUCAAUUCUUACUUCAACUUUAUUCACUCCUUCUGAGCCCAUCAAUAAAUAGUUUUGUACUAAAAGGUUUUGUGUUAAUCACCAUUUUUUUUGCACUUUUCUAGAACAUUGGCUACAGUGUAGAUGAUUAGGUAGCAUUGUUCAAAAGGUUGCAUAUUCAGCAAACAGACGACCAUCUCUUCAUUGCGACGCCAUUGGCCAAAGAAGAAUAGAGUGGCUUAGCGUGUCGUGACCUACUCAAAAACACAUGAGAAAGGAAGAGCUGUAAUUUCAAGUUUUUUUUGUUGUAUAAAUAGUUUUUAAGAUGCUGACAAAAUAAAAAAUAUUAACAAGAA